AUGAUGGGUAUUGGCGUAAACGCACAAGAAUACUAUUUGGCCAGCUCAAAUACUCAAAACCGAUUUGUACCAUCUUCUCACUAUCAAAACGGGAGACAAUAUAGAAGUGGCCCAGGUCAACCGGGUUCAUAUCAGGAACAAAUUUUAUUCAUUGGCAAUGAAGCUAAGCCACAGAGUCAGCCACUAACAUCUCCAGCUUUCUCGUCAUUUAAUAACCCUCAAUAUUCGAAUAAUCGCAACAAUGAUUACUACGACAUUUCGCCUAGGCCGUUUGGAGCACCUGCAACGGGCAGUACAUCGUCAGUGCGUACGAAGUCAUUCAAACCCAGUAGCAGUUUUGUACCCCAAAGAGCUAAUAUCCCCCAUCAGCAAGCACAAUUUGCUCAGCAAUACAAUGAGCCCGUGGGUGAUAAGCAAGCUUCUAAUCGUUUGCCGUCGACAGGUUUCGGCAGUUCAGCAGCUCGUCCAUUCGGCGGUGGAGGGUUUCAACCUAGCGUGAAUCGCAAUCGUCCUGCUGUCGCACAACCGCAUAGUUCAGACAGUCCAGUUGGCCCGGCAUUACCACAAAAAUCGCCAUUCCGCAAUACAAGGACACGUUUUCAGUCCAAUACUCCGAGUACGCCGACUACAUCGACUGAGGGCACUACCACAAAACGAUACAACAGAUUCGGCUCUAACAGAAAUGCUUUUAAAGCGUCACCGUCGCCGAGUAGUUUGCGCUCUAACAACCCUGAACUUAGUAGGGUUUCGCAAAACAAGUUCACUAGUCGAAGGCCAGCCUUUAUUAGUCGCGAAGUAAAUGAACCAAUACAAAGUUCCAAAAUACAGAAACCUUAUGCGCCGCCUAAGCCUGGACGGGUUAAAAUACCGCUGAAAAGCCAAAUCCUAAAACAGCAGAUCUCUCCAUCUUCGACGCCUUUUAGGCCGGCAUUGCCGCAAACACAGUUCACCCGUAAAGAAAAUGAAAGUGCGAGCUACGAGGACGAAGAAGAUGUGUCUGAAAAUAAUAAAUCGACAACUGACGAGGUCAAGGAACCCGUUUUUGAGAAAUUGCAGUUGCAUGAAGCUGAAGCAAAUCCGAACAUUAAGUCUUCCAGUGCAGAUACUUCAAAAACCGACGCGGUGAGAGAUUUUUCUAAUACAAAUGCCACUGAAAAUACAUCAGGACAUGAAGGCCCAGCAGAGUCCGAUGAAGAUUAUGACAAAAAUUAUUCCGAAGAAUACGGACAAAGCCAAGAAGAUGGCGAUGAUAGCAAUGAAGAGAAUACUACUCUCAUUGAUUCGACAGAGCUGGUUGAGAAUACAACAGUAAAGUCAUCCGAGUCUGAAGAAGAAUACCACGAGCUUGAUGAGGACGAAAUUCAGGCCACUGUGAUUCCACUUACUACAACAACAUCUCCUCUUACUGUUGAUAUGUCUGUUACAACAACUACAACUACAGAAAGUACGCCUAUGCCAGACGAAGAAAAGGUCGCACCCACCACGGAAGAGUUAGCGAUAACAACCGAAUCUAUAGGCGAAGGUCAAUUGAAUGAAACUAGUGCUGAAUACGAUCAAGAGGAAUAUGACGAAACCGUAGAAGAAAGCGCCGAAGGAUACAACGAGCCGCAGAACUUGAAUAAAGAACCCGAUAUCGAGAUUAGGGAAAUAAUUACAGUGGUUACAAGUAAAACAAUUGUUAACGGAACAACUCUCAUAAUACCACCUGUUACACCAAGGACUACUACAAUCGCAAUGGAGGAGGAUGCUAUAUUUACGGACAACAAGUCUUCACCCGCUUCUGAAGAAAUAAGCGCUGGCGAUAAUGAAGCUACAACAACACCUACGCCUCCAACCCAAAAGGAAAAUUCAGAGAACAACGCCACCGAAGGUUACGUCGUCGUUGCUUCCAUUCAGACAAGCCGCAGCAUCAACGGUGCCCGAUUCUUGCCCUUCCCGGCUAUUCAGCAGGAGGAGUCUAAGAAAUCACUAUCCGAGUUAGAGCGAAAUGCCAAAGCAAAAGCCAACAAAAAAGAUCAGGACAGCUUUUCUGAACAACCCAAUGGCAGUGAGGAAUCCGAACCAGCUACCACCGUUCGUAUUGAGCAGUCAUCAGAAAACUCAUCGUCAACGCAAUUGUCAUCUUCCACGGAAAGCAUCAUUGACAAAUUAGAUCGCGUCCAGUCGGAGCUAUCAAGUGGUCUCUUGGCUGGAAAGUACCCCAUUAUUAGCCAAAUGGACGUUUCAACCCAAGCGACAACAUCGACAGCGGUCUCGAAAUUUGCACCCAACAUUCGCAAAUUCCAACCGAAAACAACAUCUGCACCGAAGGUCAAGGUUCAUCAUUUCGAUGAGACCGAAAUGGACGAACUAUCUAGUUUGAUUCCACCGGGUUAUAAUAAAGCAAAAAUACCAUACAAGGAUCGCAAAAUUACUACGACAACAGAAAUAAAUGUCAAAGAACUAGAAGAGACCAAAAAGCCGGCGCGCAACUCCACUAUAAGUAGAUCAUUUAAGAAUACGGGAGUUGCAGUGCAAGAUAUUUCACUAGCAGGCUUACUGCCAAAGGGAUAUAAAUUAUCAACGACAACGGAAAAGACGACUAAUAGUUUGGACGACAUUCUCAGUAAAAUUACAUUCGAGGAUAAUCUGGAAAAGCUGCUUCCAAAGGAUUAUAAACCGACUUCAUCGACUCCAAAGCCAGACAUAGCAUUGGUAGAUGAUAUAUCUAAAUUUUUACCUCCAGGUUACAACUUGGCAGAAUCUACAACAGUAUCAGCAAUACCAGAAACCCCCACUACGAAAGGAAAUAAACUGAACCAAAAUUAUAAAGAUGUCGGAGAGGAGGACAUUUCUAAAUUCUUGCCUCCGGGUUAUAAGCUUAGAACAACAAAGAAACCUAAUGUAAAAACUGACCCUGAGCCCAUUGACAUAUCCAUGUUGUUACCAAAAGAUUUUAAGCCAACGGAAACAACAAAUGGAGCAACUGGUGAUAUAUUGAAAAAGAUUGAAUUUAAAGAGGUUGCCUCUUUGCUACCUCCCGACUUUAAAAUUAAUAAUACUAGCAGCGAAACAUCACAAUCCACUGCAAGUGGUACCAGUACAACGACUACAACCGAAAAGGCCACUACUUCGACAGAAAGUGCCUCAGGAGGUGGUCUUAAAGUCGUUUUUCCCAAAGGAUUCCAUAAACGUUUAGGCGCUCAUAGAUUAACUACACCGAAGUCUACCGACACCAGUGACGGAUCCAAUUCACCAGCUAUCGUUAUUAAGAAAGGUCCACCAACUCGGGCUACAACCGAGUUUACAGGAUGGCCAACUCCUUCAACCACACCAAUUUCGAUAGAAAAACUUUUGGAACAGGCUAGAACUGCAACGGUCGACCUAAGUGAUAUCCUGUCAUCAACAACAACUACGACUACGACAACAACUACAACCACGACGACGACCACCACACCAAAACCAACUAAACCCGGUUUUUGUACAACGGACUGUGAUUUAGCGGCUACCAUAAAAAUUAUUAAUGGAGUUUCCUGGAAACCUGAAUUAUUGGAUCAUAAUACCGUCGAAUGGAAAACACUUGCCCGAGAUGUGGAAGCACAAUUAAAUGAGGUGUACUCCACGGCUCCCCAGCUAAGUAAGUGGUACAAAAAGGUUCGCAUUGACAGCUUUAGCAAAGGAAGCGUUUUGGUAGACUAUUAUGUGGAACUGGCAAAUAUAACAGAAGACGUAAAUACUCUGGAAAUCAAGCAACUUUUCCAUGACGCUUUAAUGCCGCAGGCAAUUGUGCCACCAGAAACCGAAAAUGAAACAGACAACGAUGGAAAUGAGGACUCCGAAUCUAAAGGAGAGAAACUAGUCAAACAAUCGUUUGUGAUGGGAAAAUAUGUCAUAGAUCCUGUUGCCACCGAUUUUUCAGUUAUACCUAAAUCCCAAACAUCUAAUGUGGAAUUCGCUGAAGAAGAUUUAUUGAUACCACAAUGGGCCAUUGUCGUAAUCGUUAUUGGAGUUGGCUCUCUGGCAUUCGUUGUUAUAUUUGGCGUGACUGUGCUCCUCAAUCGUCAGAAGAGAGCCAAGAAGGCACCAAUUCCCUUAACUAAUGACAUGAUCAACGACUUAAAGAUCAAUCAUAUGGGAGGAGUGGACAAUUAUGGCGUCGACGACUUCUAUAAUAUAGAUGAUGCCUGGAAUGACACAAAGCAGCCAAUAAAACCCAAGCGUUUCACAAAUUCCCUGCACGACAGUAGUGGCUCUAAUAUUUAUGACAGUUGGCGUUCAACACGCCAUGGUGACUAUUAUUACGACUCCCAGAAUAAUUACUCGCACAAAGGAGAUUCACUGCAGCGGUCUCUGAAGCACCAGCCUCAUUCCCAAUAUUCUGCUAGUUUACAACAUCAACAGCAAAUGUAUGGCCAUCAGUUCCAGUAUCCUGAUGCGUUUGCCGAUGCCCAUCAGAUGUAUACGUACAACAAUCAAAAUGGCAGGUCGCGUUACCCACGAGAUUACGAUCCCGAUUUUUAGUUUCAAUACCUAGUACUAAUUUAAGUGUAAAUAAUGUUAUAU